CAUUUAAUUGAUCAAACAAAUAACCCAAAUAUUACAAAAAUUCAGAGUGCACCAAGUAAAAAAAGAAUUAAAAGUGCGAUAGAAAUAUUCAAAAAGAAAACUAUAGAACAAGAAAUUAUAAGCCAAAUUAAUAAUAU